AUGGCUGCCCCUGUUGCACACAGGAUUCGCAUGUCACACAUGCGAGUCGCAUAUGGUGUCGCAGAUGGUGACGGAGAGGGCUUAGUUCAUGUUGGCAAUGAUCAUGGGGACCAAGUCAAAGUAUUUGGUUUCUCCGUUUGUGGUUAUGCCAUGAAAAACAGCAUGGGUGACAGAAAUGAGACGGGUGUCUUUAUGGCUUGGUGUCUAUCUUUGGAAAAGACCAUGAGGAGUAGGGAGGAGCACGAGAGGCAUUUGAGGAUUGUUCUUGGGCUUUUGAAGGAAAACAAGCUUUAUGCUAAGUUCUCCAAGUGCAAAUUCUGGCUUAGUUCUGUGGCAUUUUUGGGACACAUGGUGUCGAAGGAUAGUAUUAUGGUUGAUCCAGAGAAGACUGAGGAUGUUCAUGAUUGGGGUAGGCCUACUACAGUUUCAGAGGUUCAGAGUUUUGUUGGUUUGGCUAGUUACUAUCAGCGAUUUGUUGAGGAAUUUUCUGCUAUAGUGUCUUCUCUGACCAGAUUGACCCAAAAGGCUUUUCCUUUUCAGUGGUCGGAUGAGUAUGAGAUUGGGGAACGACCUUUGGCUAGAGAGAUUCAAAGUUUGGCAAAUUACUUGGUUAGGCUUGAUAUAUCUGAACUUGGAAGGGUUUUGGCUUGUGUGGAGGCACGAUCUUCUUUAUUGGAGCAAAUUAUAGUUCAACAGUUUGAUGACCCAAAGUUGAUCAAAAUUCGUGAUAAAGUGUUAAAAGGAAAGGAUCGAGAAGCAAGACUUGAUGAAGAAGGGAUUUUGAGGAUCAAGGGACGAGUGUGUAUGCCUCGAACUAGAGACUUGACUAGAUUGAUUAUGGACGAGGCCCAUAGCUCGAGGUACCCAGGAGCUAUGAAGAUGUAUCGAGAUUUGAAGCAACACUACUGA